GAAUCUUGUGUCAAGUAUUAAUAACAGACUCGAGUUUUUUAUUCUAUAUUAAGAAGAAUGAGCAAGUUCAACCGUCCAAACAUUUCUAUCCAAACCGGAUUUCAGGCAAUAUCCGGCUUGAAUUUCCGCAAAGGAAUUCAGUCUAGCGGUGCAGAAAUUCUUGGAAACCUGUUUGACGUUUAUGAACUGCAAAAAGACGGAAAAAGUGUGAUCAAAGGCAAAAUACUUCGGACAACUUCCAUUCGUGAAAGCCCGUAUGAUAUUGAUUUACAAUUGGAUGGAAACCGUCAAGUUGAUAGGGCGAGAUGUUCGUGUGUGGCUGGGAUAUCAGGUCAAUGCAAACACACAGCAGCGUUGUAUGAGUUCAUAAACACAGAAACAGGAGAAAGCAAGACUUCAGAGCAACAAACUUGGCAUCGUCCAUCCGAGGUUCUUUUGACAAAGUAUCCCAAAGGCGAAUCAAUCCUAGAAAUUCUCAGCAAUACAUCACUUGAUGUUACAACCUCAGUUCGUACUGAAGCACAAGCCAAUCUAACACAAGAGCUACAAAUGUUCGGCCUGACUUCAAGUUCCUUUUACGUUUGCCUUACUGCGGAUCGAGAACAAGGGCUUACUGAAUAUCCGAAGGCCAAGCAAAAGCCGGAAUUAGAGCAAGUGGUAAAGUCUCUUCUUCACAAUCCUGCCAAGCUUCCGGAACAAUUUCUUUCCGAUAUUAAUCUUUCCAUUGAAGAAUCUCGCUUCUUUAACAAAAAUGUUCUUUGUGACAUGGAAAAGGCGAUCGAACUUUGUGAAGCAUCCCUUGGACAGGCAUCUUCACCUGCGUGGCACAAUUUACGUCGUUUUCGAAUAUCAGCAUCGAGAGCAGGUCCGAUAGGAGGAGCAAAGCAAGAUCACACCUUGCUGAAGUACUUCUUUGAAGAAAAAAGUAGCAACAAAUAUAUGCAAUAUGGUCGAGAGACAGAACCUAAGGCCAGAAUGAGGUAUGAGGAUCAAACAGGCAACAAAGUGCUUCAGACGGGUGCCAUUAUAAGUCCAAUCUACCCUUGGUUAUGUGCUAGCCCUGACGGUAUUGCGAUUGAUGGAAAUGGAAACCUCGUCGUACUAGAGAUCAAGUGUCCCUUCACCUGUAAGACUGAGCAUAUCUCGAAUUUAAGUUACCUGAAGGAUGGUCAACUUCGGCGAAGUGACAAAUAUUACGCUCAAGUCCAGAUCCAGCUUUUUGUAGCUAAUCUAACCAAGGUUCAUUUUUUCAUCUACACUAGUGUAGAUUCAAAGCUUAUAGAAAUCCCGAGGGAUGAUGAAUACCUGUAGAAUUUGAUAUCUAAAUUAGAAAAUCGAUAUUUUGGAAAGAUCCUACCAGCCCUUUUGUCUAAGAAAUUCUAAAUUAGACCUUAGCUUCUUCAU